AUGGCGGACUGUUUCCGGUCUUGCGGACGUCCUUUCGUCGGUAUGUCUACUAACUAUACGCUAAGCAAGGACAAUACAGGAACCUCGCACCGCCUCGCUUGUUAUGCUGUCCGCAAGCAUCCUAGUCCGCCUGCUAUCCCCUCGCAGAACGGCACAUUCAACGACCAGCCUGCGACCUGUCCAUCUCCCGCGACUACGGUGAUUCGUGUAGUUGGAGGAUCCGCGCUCGCCUUCGUAUCACCACACGCACACUGCCUGUACUGCUUAGUACUCAGUGAAGGUCACCCCGGGGAGCCAUCACUCUACUUCGGGACUAGGGUUCUCGGGCCACCUGGAUGCGUCUUGAUCAUUGGACUGUCGACCUCCUUCCAGCGCUUCGGUGAUACGCCUUCGCUCCUGGGGUGGACGACCUCGAGGUCACCCGACUGGUCAACUGUAGUGGGCUCCAUAUUGCGGCAAACUCUCAUACGACCCAGACGGACCGCGAUGACGCUCAUCGCCUGA